GACUCCAGGUCUUUUGCGGUGUUUUUCGCUGACUUCUAACCCACUUGACCACGCGCUUUUCUCCCCCCCCUUUUUUUUUUAUUUGGUUGCAUUAUGCUCGGAAUGUGGCGUUUGGUCGCUAACGUUAUUGUCGCGCGCGUAGACGCAAGCGGUGCGCCGUGCAUCUAAUGUUGCCGUUUGGCCAGCAGUGCUUGUCGGUCGGCUGUGCAUGCCUUGCACGGCGUUUCGCUCACUUCUUCAUGUUGAGUGCGUGCAACGUUGGGACAGCCUUACACGAGUAAACCCCCACCCCCCCGACCCCGAAUAGAUAGUCAAGUUGUCGUAUGUUCAGGACGAAACGCUCAGGUCUUGUGCGGCGACUCUGGAGAAGCCGUUUGAUUCCAGAUAAAGAGAGGGACGACGGAAAUGGCCAAACAAGCGAGGGGUGCAGGGACGAUGCGUUCGCGAACAACCCGCAGAAGAUUCCCAAAACGGAGUUCCGACCGGUGACCCCCGGCGGGUCUUUCGUCGGCGACGCCGGGGGCCCCGUGGAAGUGGUGGACCAAGAUGGGUGCGCGGGUUGCGUGCAGGACCAGCGGGGUCCCCGCUCCGCGCAGGACAGCGACUCCAGGACGGUGACGUGCUGCUUAUUUAAAGAGCGUGACCACUCCGAGCUCAGGGCUCCAGAGGCGGCCCCGGGUAGCAGGGACUUCGGGUCGUGCCACUUGGCGUUCAGGGGCCUCGGUCAGCGGGACGCCGGCUCCCCCGAGGCCGGCCAGGAGGCGAUGCCGCGCACAGUGCACGAACAAGAACUCAAGUUGGCCACGCACUCGCUUCUAAAAAAGCUCAAGGAGAAGGCGCUGGAUACUUUAUUGGAGGCGGUGGAGUCUAAAGGCGGCCUCCCCAGCGACUGUGUCCUUGUGUCCCGGACUGAGCUGAGACUGGGUGGCCAUGCGGCUUCCCCGCAGCUGCUUGUGUGUAAACUGUACCGCUGGUCCGACCUCCAGCACCCGGCCCAGCUCAAACCGCUCUGUGAGUGUAAGAGCUUUUGGGGCCCGGACAGUCCAACUGUAUGCUGCAACCCUUAUCACUACAGCCGCCUUUGUGGGCCAGAGUCACCCCCACCUCCAUAUUCGAGGCUCUCCCCUAAUGAAGAACACAAGCCACUGGACCUGUCAGACUCCACAUUGUCUUACACUGAAACGGAGGCAGCCAGCUCACCCAACGUCACUCUGGGGGAAUUCUCAGAUGCCAGCAUGUCACCCGAUGCCCCCAAGCAGAGACACUGGUGCAACGUGGCGUACUGGGAGCACCGCACGCGCGUGGGCCGCCUCUACACAGUGUACGAGCACUCCGUCAGCAUCUUCUACGAUCUACCUCAGGGCACGGGCUUCUGCCUGGGCCAGCUCAACCUGGAGCACCGCAGCAGCACGGUGCAGCGCACGCGCGGUAAAAUCGGCUACGGCAUCCUCCUCAGCAAAGAGCCGGACGGCGUGUGGGCGUACAACCGCAGCGAGCACCCCAUCUUCGUCAAUUCGCCCACGCUGGACGCGCCCAACGGCAGGAGCUUGGUGGUGCGGAAGGUGAUGCCGGGCUUCUCCAUCAAGGUGUUCGACUACGAGCGCUCGUGCCUGCUGCGCUACACGGCCGAGGCCGAGCUCCUGGACGGACCCUACGACCCCAACAGCGUGCGCAUCAGCUUCGCCAAGGGCUGGGGGCCCUGCUACUCCAGACAGUUCAUCACCUCCUGCCCCUGCUGGCUGGAGAUCCUCCUGAACAACCACAGAUAACACGGAACGGACCCCACACACUAUCCCAAAUAUCAUCUACCUAGAUUUAAUAUAAAGUUUUAUAUAUUAUAUGAAAUACAUAUAUAUAUAUAUAUAUAUAUAUAUAUAUUAUACUUGUAAAUACGGAGUCCUUUUUACAAUGUCAUUAUUUAUGUAUGGUGCAAUGUGUAAGAGGAAAAAAAAAAUGGAAUAUGCACUUUGGCUCAUCUAUAUGUAUGAACCCAUACAUA